UACCGCAGGCUGCUUUAACGCUCUUCACAAGUUGGGCAACUUUUCCCUGCGCAGUUCCCCUGCGCUGUGUCGCGCGCGCGCUUGUGUCCUGGACUCUCGCGAUGCCUCGGAACUGAGCCGCUUUGAUUCUCGCUCAGAGUCGCCAUGGCGCCGUUCGGACGGAACUUUCUGAAAGCGCGACUGAAAAGCAGGUCUAAAGAAAAAGUGGAGACACCAGCAAAAGAAAUUCAAGUUUUAAUAGGCAAAGAGGAGAAAAUUGUUUCUGGUGUCACCAAGCAUACAACUUGUGCUGAUGUGGUUCAGGCUUUACUGGAAGACCAUAAGACCAUACCAGAAAGUAAAAGGCUCCUACAUGGGGAACCAAAAGAGUUCUGUCUCCUGGAGCGGUGGAGGGGGUUUGAAAGGGCUCUACCUCCCCUCACGCGUAUUCUUCGCUUGUGGAAUGCAUGGGGUGAUGAGAAACCCUUCAUACAGUUUGUCUUAGUGAAGACUAAUGAGUUUGUACCCAAAAGGGCUUCAAAAUCUAAGGGGCUCCGAUCUAAAAGAUCAGAGCAGGGUCCAAUGCAGUAUGCCAGGAACCUUGCUGUGGAGCGCCAGAAACGCAUGGUGAAGAAAGCCUUUCGCAAACUGGAGAAAAUGCAGAAGCCAGGAAGCUCAGAGGGUUCAGAGGAAAUUGACAAAAUGGUGCAACUUAUCAUCUCCCAGGACUACACCAUCCGACACCAGCUCCACCAGAUACAGGAACUGGACCUGGGACUCGAGCUUAUGGAGCAGCAGCUGAGAGAAAACAGUCUACCUGAUUCUGGGCUCACAGAGAGUGCCAACAGUCAAUUGCUUUCCUUGUCCAUAUUCCAGCAUGAAGACCAAAUGCAGGAAUACCUCUAUACCAGUGAUGGUAUUGCACAACUGGACCUACAGGUGCUCAGGCAUCAGGAACUCAUUGAUGAGCUUUCUAGAGACAUUGACCUAGAGCUGAGGAAAGCUGUUUACUCAUUGGACACUGAGGAGCUUGAGGGGGCAACAGCUGCAAAUCCUGCUUUUGAAUUUGACCCCAUCUCUGCCCUGUCCUCUGCAGAAUCUUUAGAGCUGGACACCUUGCGGAGUGAGUUGGAGGCAAGUAUGAGAGCAGGAAUUUUCCUCCACACCCAAACCCAGGACCUUGAAAAGGAGCUUCAGCAUAACACAACAUUGCUGCAGUCCAGGAACCAGGAGUACCAGCACCUUAUUGCCCAGCUGAGCUCAAUGCAGCUGGAGGACUGUGCUGAGCCACCAAGCCCUGUUUACCUGAAGAGCUCAGUCAGGCCUGGUGUCUCUCAGAAGACCGCAGGGACACUUAGACAGAAACUUUCACCUAGUGAUGUGACAGACACAGACUCAGACACUGGCAUAAGCUCCACUCACAGUCAGGACUCACUGUCUCCUUGCGUGGACAGGCAGCCACCCCUGGACACUGAUGUCUAAAUGAUGGAUGUGCAAAUAUACAUCCAAAUAUACAUCCAUACAUUGCCCACUUUAUCAGCUGGUCUCGAUGAAUAGGUGGUCUCAUAGAAGCUUUUUAUCAUUAGUUCCUUGUUAAAUUGACAGAAAUGGUUAAAAUUGUGAUGCAUUAAUAGCAAAGGCUGUAGAAAAAUAUACAUUUAUGAUUUUGUUAAUAGCCUAGCUCUCAUCUCAUCUCAUUAUCUGUAGCCGCUUUAUCCUGUUCUACAGGGUCGCAGGCAAGCUGGAGCCUCCCAGCUGACUACGGGCGAAAGGCGGGGUACACCCUGGACAAGUCGCCAGGUCAUCACAGGGCUGGCACAUAGACACAGACAACCAUUCACACUCACAUUCACACCUACGGUCAAUUUAGAGUCACCAGUUAACCUAACCUGCAUGUCUUUGGACUGUGGGGGAAACCGGAGCACCCGGAGGAAACCCAUGCGGACACAGGGAGAACAUGCAAACUCCGCAUAGAAAGGCCCUCGCCGGCCACGGGGCUCGAACCUGGACCUUCUUCCUGUGAGGCGACAGCGCUAACCACUACACCACCGUGCUGCCCAGCCUAGCUAUCAAACGGGCAUAAUUUAUAGGAGACAAUAGUGAAAUAAAAUCUCUUAUGUGAGCUGACAGUGGACAUAAUCAGCAUCUCAAUCAGCAUCAGUCAGCAAUAAUUCAGAAAAAGUAUCAACUGUGAUUGUUUUUUAAAUUCACAAUUACCGGUAUAAGGGAUCACUCUCCUAGGCAUACAUCCUUAUGCAGUCAUAUUUUCUCACAGAGCUACAUGUGUUCUUUUGAAUAUAAUUUAUCAUUUUCACUUGGCUAGGUCUGAGAUCACAAGUCUGUGAAACUUUUGAUGUGUUAAACAGUGAACUUUCCUAAAAAAAUUCACCCAUUUAGGACAGGGCUUUUAGUGGCAUCUUCAGAAGACUACUGUAGGCUUAGCCCACAGCAGGUGGAACAUACAGUAUGUAGUGGGCUUGCACAAGUGAUGUAAAUCCUACAAUACAAUAUAUUCUGUCCACAUUCACUGGAUACGAGCAAUCGCGCAAUCUGAUUGGCUACUCUAUUACUAGGAUAUCAGCUCAUAUACCAUGAGUAGAGAAAACAAAAUGGCGGAGUGCAUCAAGUCAGAUAUAUCACUUUGUUAUUAAGUAUUUAAAAGAAACAGAAAUAGCUAAAAGAAUGUAGUUUUUUUCCGCCCAAUAUCUCCUGUUCCACACUCCAGCCCAGUCGGUGGCAGUAUUACACCUUCAAGUUGGUUUGCAAACCGCCAAAAAAAAACCUAAAGAAGAAUAAGAAAAUGGCAGACUGUGUUGCUGAACCAACCGAGGAUGAAAUAAAAACUACUCGAAAACAAAACCCCCAAAAAACAACAAAAUAUGGAAUGAAAGUAUUUCAUGGUAAGAACGUAUCUUUUUUAUUUUUCAAGAAUUAUUAUUAUCACAUUUUUCACAAUUUGCUCCUGUCAUUUCGCCAGUUUGUUUACAUUCUAAGCAGAAAUGAUUUUGUCGGACGUUUUGUAUAAAGUUUUUAUUUAUCGAAUUUGCAAAACAUAAAAAUGCUCUGUUUCUCAAAAUCCAGUGAAUGUGGAUAGAAUAAAACAGUUAUGCCACUCAGUCUGGUCGUACAUGACUUAUAGUCAACUCGGUGCUAUACACCUCGUUGGGUGUCAGCUUAUGUACGACUUGAUUUCAUGGAAUAAAUGUUAUAUAUUUUGCCAAAUGUUUGUGGACACUUGACCAUCACACCCAUAUGUGGUUCUUCCCUAAACUAUUGGCACAAAAGCACACAAUUGUACAGGAUGUCUUUGUCUGCUGUACCAUUACAAUUUCUCUUACGGGAACUAAGGGAUCCAUUCCGAAUCUUCAACAAAAUCUUAAUUUUCAAAACCUUUUUAAUUUUUUUCUUUAUUUUUAAAAAACUUAUUUAUAAAGAAUGCAAGUAUUUAAGGUAUAGCUAGAACAGAUAGAAAUCAAAUAGGCUUAUAAUUGAACGUAUAAUUGUUUUACAUUAAAACAUACCACAGAAUGUAUGUAGAGCCUUUUUACCAGCUUCUCAGAAAUGCUUUUUUUUUAAUUCACUGUAUAAACCGUUUCAAAUUUUCAACACCAUGUAGCCUGUUUCAAAAAGCUAUGCUAUAAACUAAUAUGUAUUUGUACAGUAGACAAUGUGAUAAGAAUACAUGUCAGUUUAAAGUGCUUAGAAAUAGAAUUUAUUUAUUACGUGUUUGUUUUUUUUAAUCAUUCACUAAAUAUAUCGAGUAUAAAUUUAUGUACAUGUCAAAUUUCCAUUCUCACAUCUUGGACGAUAACACACACACUUUUUUUUUUCUUUAAGACUUUUUGUUUCCAAUAAAAUCGCACAGUAAAAUUGUGUAAACCCUCUUUUUUUAGAAUAGUCGCUCACAACUGCACAGUAUCAUCACAACCUCUGUAAAUGAAACAGCACAUGCAGCAGGAAUGCAGCUCGACUCAGGUAUAAUGAUGGGGUAAGUGAGGAAUUCUCAUAGAAACACUACUGUACACCUCUUUAGUUCAGGCCAGGAAAGAGAUAUUUAAGCUGUUUUGCAUGAAGCAAUUCCCUCAUUUUCUGUCUUUGAAUGUGCAACAGGCCAAGGCAAUCUCAUUAAAGUGCCAUUUUGUCGCUAUGUAAUAUAAUCUUCUCUUGCUGCUCACUGACUCACAUAGGGACAUGUUAUUUGGUUAUCAUGUACAAUGUGUUGUCAUAAUAGGGGUGAUCCAUAUUAUGUCAAGAAUUGCUCAACUUAGUAAAGAGAAUCAACAGUUUAUCGUUACUUUAAAACAUAAAAUGUCUUUGAAUAAAGAAAAAUAAAGAAAAGCCAUUGAAUUACA